GCUUUCUGAUUGUAAUCAUCGCGUUAGCCGCCUUCCUCGGUUACAUAUGGCUACGGGAACAGCUAACCAUGGGCGGGGAGCCGGCCUGGCUGGCCGCAGUGGCUGUGGAGGACGAACCGCAACCUACUGGAGCCGCCAAUGCGGACGCUCCUGGACCUCCGGUAGACCCUGCUGCCCGUACGUGA